AAAAGACACCCCAUCGCCGAGCUCGCCUCCUUGUAGUCCUCUUUCGACUUAAAUAUCCGCCGUCCACCUCCUCCGUCUACUCUUCUCAGGCCUUCGCUAAUGUCUCUGCUUCAACACCACGACCGCGUCGUGCCUCCCCCCAUCCGUCAGCCAAAAGCGUGCCCUCCGGUCGUUAAGCCACCAUGUCCAGCACAACGGCGAGUUCGGCUGACUUCGAGGCCCAUCGAAGCAUCCUAGAGGAUAUGUACUGGGAUCAGGGCAAAACAAUGCGAAAAGUCAUGAAAGACAUGAAAGAUGUCUACCAUUUCGGCGCGACGUACAGCUACAAGACUUACAAGUAUUACCUGACGGACAAGUGGGGCAAGAAGAAGAAGACCAACAAGAAGGAGUCGUUGGCGAUGCUCGAAAUCAGGAAGAGACGCCGUGUAGAGGAGAACAAGGAGACCGUGUUUACUCGGCUCGACAGGGACGUGGAAGACAUCAAUCUCAAUCGCUUUGCGAAACGGCACAAGUUGGAGAUAGAUGACAACACCCCUCUGCCCGAAACAAGGGUGGCAACGCCCCCGAACAUCCGGUACAGGACCCCCGACAUUGACACGCCGAACAACUGCCCCUCGCCGGCGAGCGAGGAAGAGCAGGCAUUCGUCGAGGAGUCACACGGGUCGUAUGGAGCCCACAGCCUCCAAAGCGGCGCCAUGCCCUCGACUUGGCAGUACGGCGAUACCUGUGUAGGCCCCCAGCCAUCACACCACACGAACAUGCCUAUCCAAUUCACCGCAAACCCCAUUCCCGGAUAUCCAAUGUCCCAUGAGCCUCAGGGUUUCUCACAGAACAUCGCGGGGCCCACGUUCCAUCGCUCGCCGUACCGAGGUCACACUGAACUCCCUUCCCAUACAUCCAACAUUCUCGCAGACGGGUUGUCUUCAUGGGGAUACAACCCACAGCCUCCCCAGCCAGCUUCGCGGGCACUGGACUUCGGAACGGUCGCUAGUGUGCCUUUCUAUGCUGCGACCCAAACCCUUGGAACCAUCCAUACCCCGGAGCUGGCGUUGGGCAUCCCGGGCAACAACAUACCGCUACACGACGCUGUGGUCGGUGACAGUGUCCACCCGGUCGGAGCCAUGUUACCUAACGGUGUCGACUCAGGUUCUACCAUGGCCUUUUCCCACACGGACAACGACACGCUGGGUGCCGUGGAUCAAGAUGACGUGGGUGACGAGUUGGACGUGUUGGAUAACAUGGUAGGUUGGCCAAACAGGGAGGCAAGACCCAUGUAGUCCAGUUGCAGUGAUGCGGCGCACUUUGGGACAGUUGGGCAUCGACGGUUUCCACGCAACUGGGCCGUUGAGGGAUAGGGUCCACGCAACUGGGCCUUGAAUGGAUGGGGACCGUUGGCGGAGAGGCAGGACAAAAAGACAUCCAACCUGGAUGUCAGGUGCAAGGGCGAGUUCAGAGUCGGAGAGCAAGGGGGGUUUCCAUUGCAGGUUCUCAUAUUUCUUUAGCAGUCCUUCAUAACUUUACUCUUAAUGAUGUCUGUGCCGACGCUCAAUCCCGUGAAUCACGUUGCAAGAGUACUUGAGACCACUCUCACUCAAAUCCACCGUGUCGCUAUGAUCUAUCCCAAAUAGCACCUUGCCUACCUAGUUCGUCAAGCCAUCCACGUCUUUGGGGGCAAAACAGCUACCCUGAGGGGGCAACUACC